AUGUACAUGAUGAGGAAAAAUGAGAUGAGAAUGAAUGAGACGGUGCAAAAUGGGACAAGGCGGAAACGAGAAGGAAUAAACAGGACGGGACAUAACGAGGCCAAAAUUAUACCCGACAAGGCAGAACGAGACGGGAAGAAAGGGAUGGGGCAAUACGAGACGGGAAAAAACAGAACGAGGAGGAACGGGAGGGAAAUAGGACAGGGAGGAACGAGAUGGGAAAUAGAACGGGAUAGGAGGAUGGGACUAGACGGGAUGGAUAUGACGGAAAGGACGGGAUGA